GGAGAGGGGACCGGGGCCAAUCAUGUCGGUAUCCGGGAGAGCCGAUUCGACUUUCACAAGUGCCUCGGAGUCACAGUUUCACUCGGAGAUGGGUUGGCGACGGUGGGCCAUGGGGACGAGUCCCGCUCCCGAGCGUUGGACGUCUCGAGUUGGUUGGAUCGUCUUACCUCCCCUCCCUAAGGCUUCAAAGGUGCCGAAACUCAAUUAG